AUAAGACACCAUUGGGCCGGCGAGGCGAGGCAUGCGGCCGCUUCGAAUCGUCGUCAGGUACUGUGUGCAGUCAAUACUGCACAAAGAACUGUUUCUAAUUUCGCCUAUCAAGCUUUUCAUCCUCUGUUUUUCAUGGGUAAUACCAUACCUUCUUUUUGCCAAUUACCUUGAAUCAUGUCUCCUGCCUCUCCGGGUUUUAUGCUAUACACAAAGUGAUUUAUUAUCCACAGAGCCAAGGGAUCCCGAUUUUCAGACAUGUGUCAACAAAUUCUUUCCCAAUCGAGAAGCGGAUCCUGAAAACUGCAAGCUUGACAAGAUACCCGAUGUUCUUAUUAGACCCGACCUGCCAGAGUACCCAAAGCGGAUACUGGUUAUAAGAUCUGGACCUGGAUCGCUGGACUACAGAAAUUUUAUCAGGAGGACGUGGAAACAACAGGUUGAAACCUUGGUUCCUGUUGUAUUCGUCUGCGCGACUUCUAAGAAUGACACCCUUAAAAUUGAGGCAAACAAAUAUCGAGAUAUUCUGCAGUUUGAUUUCGAGGACUCCUAUCACAAUCUAUCAUGGAAAAUGAUGGCCAUCUACGGCUUUGUCAUAGAUCAACUACCAUCCGUUGACCAAAUCGUUGUCACCAACGACGAUACAAUUGUCAACGCAACAGCACUGGAACAGGUUCUACACAUGAAAAAAGGUCCUGUAAUGCUGGGAAAAGUAUCUCGUGGAUAUCCACGCAUCUUUUUGCCAUGGUUGACGUGGCAUGUGCCUUCGGAAAUGUACCCCAAUUUGUGUUAUCCGCUAUUUGUUCAGGGCUCUUCAUUUGUUCUCUCCAAAGAUGGGGCGAAGUUAUUAGUGGAAAAUGUCUGCAAAGUACCAAUGGUUCACCUAGAUGAUGUUUUUAUGGGCGUUUUGUCGAAUUGCGUCGGACUUGGUCUCAUCCAUAACGAAGGAUUCGACAAGCACUCAUUUGACGACUUUGUUGUUUAUCAUUAUCAGUAUUCGAGGCACUCGGCGAAAUAUUUGGAAUCGCUAUGGCAAAACUCUAAAAUGAUAUUGUGAAGUCCUCUUGUUUCACCAAUUUUUUCUACUUUUUUGUCACGUGUCAUCCAGCCAUAUGUUCUUUUUCUCUCAAUUAUUUUGAAUUUCUGCGAAUCUUUUUUAAAACUCGCUUUAAAUUUUGUUUCUUUAUUGUCUUCAUGUUUCCGACGUCUCAUAUGUUCCAAAAUAUUUUAUGUCCAUAAUAUAACAAAUGAAUCCACAUCAGGUUAUA